UUGGGAUUUAUUUUCCUCUGCGGCAAAGGCCACUUUGUAAGGGGCCCUUAUUUAUAGAAAAAUUAAAUUCUAUCCCUUUAAUUCCCAAUUCCGACUAAACCCAAUGACCGGGUAAAGCUAGGUGCGUGUACCUUGUCCUCCUCUUGUCACAUCAACGCCAACGGCCGCAAGCAUCCAACAUCAUCGGAAGGCGAAAAUCUUGCACAAUCGUCAGCGGAGCCGUUGCCCAGGAAAUAAAGAACCUCCCGCAGGAUGGCAGAAGCAAUGGUUGUGGAGGACCGCCCCGCGGAGGCCAAGCGAUUCUUCUGCCACAUGUGCAACGUAGAGAUCAACAUUCCCAACUCGGACUUCACCUGCCCGCUGUGCGCCAACGGUUUCGUGGAGGAGCUGCCGGCAAAUGCGCCAGAGGUGGAUUCUUCGUCGGCUGGAGCAUCCGGCAGUGUCAGAUCCGGAAGCAGCGGCAGUGGCUCUUCUGGCUCACACGACACCCUGAGCAGAGGCAGCUCCUCGAGCGGAUCUCAGGUGAAUGUUGAGUCGCUGCGUAACGAUAUUGUGUCGCUGCUAAACAUGCGGAAUGUGCCCAAUUUGGAGAUUACCAUCGAGCCAAACAGACGGCACAGCAAUGUCCUGCAUCUAGGCGGCUUUGCCGGCCCCUCGGGUAGUGACUCUGCCCGCGGCCUGACCGCCGGCGGACGAGUGCGUCCGGCCAAUUUGGACCGACUGGACAAUGUUCUCUUUGAUUUUCUGCAGAGCCUGCCACUGGCCGGCGCCACGGCCGAAAUAGUAACUGGACCCGGUGGAGGAGGUGUAGGCGGAGGCGGUAACUCGCACAUGUUCUUCAUGGGCAACCCGGGAGAUUAUGCGUGGGGCCGCGAGGGACUAGACACCAUUGUCACCCAAAUGCUCAACCAAAUGGAAACUUCAGGACCGCCGCCGUUGUCGGCGCAGCGCAUAAACGAGAUACCCAAUGUGCAGAUCAGUGCCGAGGAGGUAAACCGCAAGAUCCAGUGCUCUAUAUGCUGGGACGACUUCAAGAUUGACGAGACGGUACGCAAGCUGCCCUGCUCGCACCUGUACCACGAGAACUGCAUCGUGCCAUGGCUAAACCUGCACAGCACCUGCCCCAUCUGCCGCAAGUCACUGGCAGACGAUGGCAACGAUGCGGACGACGAAUUUGUCAUGCUCGAUGCCUUUGGCCCAGAGAUGGCGGCCGAUGGCAGUAAUUCCGCCAGGAGAUCGGCCAGCACCGCCACAGGAACGGAGAAUCCCUCGCCGGCUAAUUCCAGCCAGGCAGCGGCGGAAGGUGGCCGAACACGUCCGGAUGCUAAUCCCGCCCAGGCAGCACGCAACAACAUCUUUACCUUUGACGACGACAACAUGUUUCUGGACUAGCUGGUAGGACGAAGCUAAAUCGAAGUGGAGCGAUGAUCGAUUGAUAUUCAAAAUUAAGCCAAAUAUUGGCCGCAAAUAUAUUUAUAAUAGUUUCUCCUCACGCUUAAUUUUGUUGUUGUUCAAAAUUACUAUUUGUAAUAAACAAAACGGGACAUACGAUUCCGUUGGCUCUGCAAAAAUCAA